AAAGUGUAUUUUCAUAGAAUGUUCCUAUCAUUUAGGGAAUAUAUGGACUUACUGAUUGGGACUUGAAAGCUACAAUAAUGUAUGAAAUCAAACAUAAUUCACGGUGUAUGUAGUGGAGAUAAUACAGUUUUUUCUGAAUGCUUAAGCGCUAAUCAUGUUCUUGUAGCACAAUUUCUAAAACUAUUAAUACAUAUAGCAAAACCACUCACUGAGUUAGCCAAACUAAAAGCACAAAUACUGCUUUGCACUCAGUUUGUAAUUUUGUAACACACACUUUGCAAAACUGUAGGCACAAUUCACUGCACAGCACUCUUUUUGCAGAACUUUAAACACAACUCGCUGCUUACACUCAAUUGCCAAAUUUCCAAAACACUCCUAGCAAAAUUAUACACAUGUAUGGCUAUUAUUUACACUAUUUUGCCAACUGUCUGGCACACUUUCACAUGUGAAAACAAUUUUAGAGAAUUAGUUCACUUUGCAAUCAGCCUAAGCACUAUAAAUAAGCCACAGGUAAGCUGUCUGUGUGGAGUACAAUGGAAGGAGCAAGAAGAGUAAGAAUCAGAGGAGGCCGAGGAAGAGGACGUGGAGGUGAAGGAGUUGGAGGAAGAGGACGUGGAGGUGAAGAAGCGAGAGGGUUAGAGGAAGUUAGAGGAAGAGGACAAGGAGGAGCAAGAGGAGGACGAGGAGGGGGAAGAGGAAGGGUAAGAAGAAGAAAUAGAAUAACUGAUGACAUCAGAGCAACAAUAGUGGACCAUGUCAUAAACCAUGGAAUGACCCUGAGGGAAGCUGGCCAACGGGUUCAGCCUAAUUUGAGCCGCUACACUGUAGCGAGCAUCAUUAGGACAUUUCGAAAUGAAAAUCGGUAAGUACAGUCACAUUGCACUAAGAUUUGUAGCACUGCCCUACUCUAAUGAGAAACACAACAAUACCAUACAUGCAAAAAUUCUGAAAUUGUUACUUUACAGAAUUGCUAGACGUCCAGAUGUUGGGGGCAGAGGAAGAAUGUUCACUCCAGAGCAAGAGCCCCAUAUAGUGAAUAUGGUGAUUGCCAAUAACGCAAUAACACUACGCGAAAUACAGCAGCGUAUAAUUGAUAAUGACACCAUCUUCCAAAAUAUACGCAGUGUGAGCAUGUCAGUACUAAGUCGUGUACUUGCCCGCAACAGAAUAAGGAUGAAACAAAUUUACAGAGUUCCUUUCGAAAGAAAUAGUGAACGUGUGAAGCAACUGCGAUAUGAGUAUGUGCAGAGAGUAAUGGAGCUGGAGGCAGAUGCCAUGGGACACGAGCUGCUCUUUGUCGAUGAGGCAGGUUUUAACCUCAGUAAAACAAGGAGGCGUGGCAGGAACAUUAUUGGACACCGUGCAAUAAUCAAUGUCCCAGGACAACGUGGUGGUAACAUCACCAUGUGUGCAGCUAUCAGCCAAAAUGGUGUUGUUCACCAUCAUGCAACCAUUGGCCCAUAUAACUCUGCACACAUGAUUGCAUUCCUGGACACCUUACACGACAUUCUCACUGUUCAGAGACCAGAGCAGACCCGAUAUGUUAUCAUAUGGGACAAUGUUAGUUUCCAUAGGGCUGCUUUGGUCCGCAACUGGUUUACCGAUCACCCACUCUUCAUGGCACUCAACCUCCCCCCAUACUCUCCAUUCUUAAAUCCGAUUGAAGAGUUCUUUUCUGCCUGGCGCUGGAAAGUCCACGACCGCCAUCCCCAUCAACACGCAGCCCUUUUACAGGCAAUGGAGGAGGCAUGUGGAGAUAUUGAGCAGGCAUCAUGUCAGGCCUGGAUACGGCAUGCAAGGAGGUAUUUUCCCCGGUGCCUUGGACUGGAGGACAUCGCAUGCGAUGUAGAUGAGAUUUUGUGGCCGGACCCAGAGAGACGGCAUGAUGUAGGCUGAUUGUCUUUUUUUUGUGAAUUUAUUAUUUUGUGUUCUGUUCUGUGUCUUUGUUUUGACGAG